GGGUCUGCCAGAAGAGGAGGAGGUGGCGGCGGCUCCUGCCCCUCUAAGCAAGGCCGCCCCCCCCCCCCCGCCCAUGGACACCAAGACACAGAGCCUUCCCAACACCCACACCCAGCCCCACAGCAACUCUCGGCCCCAAAGCCACGCCUGCAACCAGUGCAGCUGCAGCCACCACUGCCAGAGCCGCGGCCGCAGCCGGAGCUGCCGCAGCCACAGCCGCAGCCGCAGCCGGAACUCCAGCCGGCGCCCGAGGAGCCACCGCAGCCCCGCGGGGCACCAGGGCUCAGGCUCCAGCCCUCCUCUGCGGCGCCACAGAUACACCAUGCACUCCCACCAGGGUCCCUCGCGGGCCGUCACCCACUCUUGCAGCCACUCCAAGAACAGAAAGAACUUGGAGGGAAAGGUGAUCAAGAGAAAGCAGGUCAAGAGGAGCAAGCAGGUGUACAAAAGAAAGAGGCAGAGCUCAGGACGGAAGUACAACUGAGAUGACACCCCAUGGUUUGUUCCUGUGUCGGUUGCAUCCAGAUAAGAAACACCAUCACACGUGGAACGCUAGAAGGAAGAAGUUAACUUUGCAGGAACAUGUUACUACAGUGAUUCUAUGCAACAUUGAUUAAAGCUUGUACAUCGGAUGA